CUGGCCUAUUGUUCCAUUUGCGCAAUCAUGUAGUUUUGUUCAUGUGGAGGAUGAAAUGCGCCCUUGUUGCGAUGUCUCUUGACGCUGGAUCUGGUUCUUCCUGCUCUUACCUGCUUCUGGAGGGGGCUGCCAGUGGCCUCGUUUUUCUUGUUGCUUUCGCCCUGGAGUGCGACGACUGCUGGCAGUAACGAUUAAGCGUUUCUUCUGUAUGCGUGGCUGAGCCAAAGUCAUGGAGCCGCACCCUGCCUUUCUCAAGAUUAGGAUUGCGGCGUUCUCUGUUAUUAUGCUCAUCAGUCUGGUCUGGUCAACGUUGAUAUGUGUUGAACUAUUCCUCAGACGGAAUGAUUCUGAUCAGUCGCUACGGGAUUUCCUGCUUGUUUUCCUUAUCGUCAAUUCAGUGACUGCUAUCGUGCUGCCCGCUUUGCUUCUUGUUCAAUUCAGAGCCUCUAUAGAUGGGUCACGCUUGUUCAUCCUUCUUGUGUUUCAAAUUGGAAGUGCCGCUCUUUACACUGCUUUCUACAUCAAGACCUCCUGUCCUGACAACGACUCUGUGAAUAUCUGUCGGCAAAUAAAUACAUGUGUACUGGCUUGCAGUUGGGUUAAUCCUGUGCUAUUGCUAUCCUAUGCGGGAUGCCUCUUUGUGACAGUACAGUUUGGCGUGCGGAAGCCUGCUAGCCUGAUCGUACCGGAAAAGCGACAAUCAGAAUUGCCGAUGAUGUCUCCUCCACCUCCAUCGACGCGAUUCUCAAGCAGUCUGAUACCAGGCCCCCCGCCAGCAAUCCUGUCAUAUGGACGCUCGGUUCCUCCGGUGCCGCCAUUACCUUCUUCUCGAAGAACCUCUGCUGGCGGCUCACGGAGAGAGUCUAUCGGUGAUGCGUCUCGUCGGUCGUCCAAACGACUGUCCAAGCGGCUUCAAAAGGUCUUCGUCUAAGAGAAGAUGUUGCAUAGUCGGGUGCAAAGAUGCACCUCGGUGGCUUGUACAAUUAUGAUAGAUGCACACUGUCGUGUCUCCAACGGUCGUUUUGUCUGCUGUAUCUAGGUUACACAUCAUCCUGUAACAACACUGCAUAUAUGUAUGUUACUAUACGAAGACGCUCGUCUCGCUGCCUGAUUGGCCUAUUGGACAUGUUGCCACGUGC